GAUGAACAAUUAUACGGAAGUGAGACGGACCCGUAAACGAAGGUGCCUGAUUGCCGGUUAACACGGAUAAACAUCCAUUCCUGGGCAUAUAAUUCUCUGCAGAACAAACAAGUAGGGAGGGGAGAAGAGAGGUCCGAGUGAGACGCACAGUUAAACCGGCCACGUAUAAUCCACAGGAGAAGGCCCCAAUGGAAAACGGACCAGCCACUGGUGGCCUCGCCGUGGACGAUAUCUCUUCAUCAUCGCCGGCUAGUGUCGUAUCACACUGGAGCUUCAACGUGUCACGGCGGUACCAGCACCUCCUCGAUAAGUCGGUCCCCCACGUCCUUUACCGAUGGAUCGCGUGCCUGGCGGUGGCGCUCAUUUAUGCCGUACGCGUGUACAUGGUGCAAGGUUACUAUAUCAUCACGUACGGGCUGGGCAUAUACUUGCUCAACCUCCUCAUUGGCUUUCUCUCUCCGCAGAUUGACCCCGAGACCCAGGAUGGCCCUUCUCUCCCCACGCGCGGAUCCGACGAGUUCCGCCCCUUUGUUCGGCGCCUCCCCGAGUUUAAGUUCUGGUGCUCUAUUACAAAGGCCUUCUGCAUUGCUUUUGUUAUGACAUUCUUCAGCGUCUUUGAUGUACCUGUCUUUUGGCCAAUACUUGUUUUCUACUGGAUCUCGCUAUUCAUACUCACCAUGAGGAAACAGAUGAUGCACAUGAUCAAGUACAAAUAUAUUCCAUUCUCUUUUGGAAAACAGCGAUACGGAACAACUGACGGCCCAAACAUUUCUAAGGAUUGAAAUCCUCAGAUGGGGAUAGGGGCAUUACCAGAAGUUGUCGUGAGGACUAUUUUGGCAUCUCGAGCUAUUAUUUUCCCCACUUCUUUACUCAGCAACCCCUUUAGACAUACUAGUUGAAAAAUUAGCUUGGGGAAUAAAGGAGUCGAAUUUUCCUUUACAUAAAAUGUUCCUUCUGUAGAGAGAGCUUAUCCUAGCCCUAUAUUUCCAGAUGCUUUAUAUCUGUUCUGGUGAAUUGUGGUUUACCGAAGGGAAUAUUAGCCAUGCAAUGUAGUAGCUGUAGCUAUAACUUGUACGUUCACUUGAUCGGUGAAGAAUACACUUAUUUUUAUUUGGGUUACAUUCUGAGAAUAAAUCAGAAAAUUUGUUCUUC